AUAGAGUGAACAAGACUCAAAAAGGGGCCAAAACUCUUGUGGGACCCAAGUUCUUAAUCUGUUGCCAGGAGGGAGGGUUAGAAAAAAGGAGAGCCUCCAAAAUUGUCUUUAUAUCUGUCAGCAAAACCCAACUACAAAAACCAAUCUCUCCUCCCCCCCACCUUCCCACUGGCAUAAGCAUUCAUUCCUCUCUCAAAGCUUUCAUUGCACCCCAAACCCACACACAGGCAUUUUCACAAACACUUUCUAAAAAAAACGUUUCUUUUGCACAACAAUGGCAAGACCGCAACAGCGGUUUCGAGGUGUGCGACAAAGGCACUGGGGCUCUUGGGUCUCUGAAAUCCGCCACCCUUUAUUAAAGACUAGAAUUUGGCUAGGAACAUUUGAAACGGCUGAAGACGCAGCCAGAGCUUAUGAUGAAGCGGCAAGGCUUAUGUGCGGACCGAGGGCAAGGACCAAUUUCCCUUAUAACCCAAACGCAUCUCAGUCCUCAGCCUCAAAGCUUCUGUCAGCAACUUUGACAGCAAAACUGCAUAGAUGCUACAUGGCUUCCCUCCAAAUGACCAAAACAUCCCUACAGGAGCCUAAAAAACCACAACCUUGUUUCGUUGACACAAAAAAUGACAAUGCUGAGAAGGCCAUUGAACUGGGCGUGAACUUUCCAGAGAAAAAACCAGAAACUCGUCAUGAGCAAGAAGAACCAGAAGAGACGAUGAAUUGGGUUUUCAGUAAAGUUAAAGUAGAAAGCAGCCAGCAACAGUUCAAGCCUCUUGAAGAUGAUCACAUUGAGCAGAUGAUUGAGGAGUUGCUUCAUUAUGGGUCCAUUGAGCUUUGCUCUGCUGUAGCACCACAAGCCCUCUAAAAACUACUCUAAUCCAAUUAAUGUAAGCCACAAGAUCAUUCCACCAGAUGAGAUUAUUAGCUCAUAUUUAUUUCUCUGCCAAUGCAACUCAUUCAGCAGAUUUAACCCAAUUUUCUCCACCUUCCUUUCCUAGACUCAAUUAGGACUGAGUAACCCAUUUGAUGAUGCUAUGUGUACAAUAUUAUCAUGUACGAUAUUAUCAAUUCUAUGCUUAAUUUAUGGCUUUGUUUCCAGUU